AUGCCGAAGUAUUACUGCGACUAUUGUGAUACAUAUCUGACCCAUGAUUCUCCAUCUGUGCGGAAAACCCAUUGUGGGGGGAGAAAUCACAAGGAUAAUGUGAAGGAGUAUUACCAGAAAUGGUUAGAGGAACAGGUUCAGAGGCUUGUGGACCAUACUUCGGAGGCUUAUAAACAAGGCAAAAUGCCACCUCCAUUGUUUGGUGCCCCGGCAGGAAUGCCUCCUCCAGGACUUGGUUAUCCUCCGAGAUAUCCUCCUAUUAUCGGUGUCCCCGCUGGAUUCAGACCACCUCAUCCCUUAGUUCCUCCACAAGGAAUGAUGCUCCCUCCAAGGCCGCAAGUUCCGUGGCCGCAGCCAGGAGUUGUCAUGCCACCAACAUACACUGCACCACCACAGUAA